AUGAUAUACAAUAAACUAAGAAAAGAAACUUUACGCUUUCUGCACAGUUAUUCUCGAAGACCUAAACUACAUGAUUCGCCGGAAAUUUGCCAAACAAAAAAUUCAUUCACUUGUUUAUCUCAGCGGCAUUCUUCUUACAGUGUUAAUACUAAUACUACAAAUCAACAGCUUCCAACUCCAAUAGUCACUUCCAUCAAUGUAGGGCAUAAAAAUCAAGACGAGAUAUUGCGCCUAAUAUUCGACGACCAUGAAGCCUGGAAUUCCUCCUUUUGUACUCGGAACUUAAGUUUUUUCUCAAAUUCACUCACAACAAAGUCGACGGGGUUAUUUCGAAAUCCUGAGUUAACGUCACCACAAGGGUUUCAAGUGGCGGCUGAUAAAGCCUUGAACAAAGCAAAAUUUCUAGUAAAUAGUAUUUGCCUAGCAAGUACGGAAGAAGAAUUGCGCAUGGUGGUAAAGAAUUUGGAUCAAUUGUCAAAUGUAUUAUGCUCAGUGAUAGAUUUGGCGGAAUUUGUUCGGAAUGCUCAUCCAGAUCAAGAAUUUUCGCAAGCGGCAAAUCGUACCUAUGUAUAUUUAUGUUCGUACAUGAACACUUUGAAUACGAAUACCGAAUUAUACAAGGUAUUGAAACGCGUGCUUUCAACACCUAGAAUCUCUUCACAUUUUUCUGACGAAGAGGUGCAAGUAGCCAAUGUGUUUUUACGUGAUUUUGAGAAGUCAGGUAUUCAUCUCCCCUCAUCACAGCGAGAGCAAUAUGUGAAAUUAUCAGACAAGAUUAUUGCACUUGGUUGUAAAUUCGCUCAAACACCUCCAAAUAGAGAAAUUAGACAAAUUGAAGUUUAUCCCGCGUCCCGUCUUGAAGGACUGAAUCCAGAGUACACAGAAAGUGCUAAUUCAAAUCGAAUGGCAAUAUUGCCAACAAAUCAAUGGGAAAUGGUGUUGAAAUACGUGAAAGAUGAGCAAGUGCGAAAAGACAUGUAUAUAGCUGCAAAUUCGGCAUCAAAAUCUCAAAUUGAUACAUUAGAGAAUUUAUUAAGGACAAGAGCAGAAUUAGCCAAUCUUGUAGGCAUGGAGAGUUAUGGUCACAUGUCUCUUAACGAUAAAAUGGUUAAAACACCAGAGAACGUACAAACUUUUUUGCGUACUCUUGCGGAUCAUCAUCGUCCUAAAGCACUCGCGGAUCUCCAACUUCUUCAAAAAGCCAAAGAAAGAUACACGGGCUCAAAAAUUCCAGCAACUUUAAAUGCAUGGGAUCGCGAUUAUUACACCGUUGCCGUAAUGUCACAAUCUUCAGCUCAGCCAUUAGCUCCGAUUUCUCCCUUUUUCUCUGUUGGUUCGGUCAUUCAAGGAUUAUCAAAUCUUUUCUCACGAUUAUAUGGCAUUUCAUUCCAACCCGCCGAAGUUAUGCCUGGUGAAGUGUGGCAUGAAGAUGUUCGGAAAUUGGAUGUGGUCGAUGAGACAGAAGGAAAAAUCGGCACGAUUUAUUGUGAUUUGUUUAAUCGUCAUGGCAAAUUCAAAAAUGCUGCUCAUUACACUGUGAGAUGCUCAAGACGCGUUGAUGUUAAUCACGAUAAUAAUGAAAAUGAUCAUCUCAUCUCUGAUUUAUCAGAACUUAACGAUUUAUCGUCAUUUAAUCGAGGAGUGAAAGUGAAAGGAAAAACCGGACUUUAUCAGUUGCCUGUUGUAGUGUUAAUGUGCGAUUUUGCAAGACCAAGAGGUCGAAAUGAUCCAACUCUACUAAGUUGGGGUGAAGUUGAAACAUUAUUUCAUGAAAUGGGUCACGCGAUGCAUUCGAUGAUUGGUCGAACAGAUUUUCACAAUGUUGCUGGUACCCGAUGUCCUACAGAUUUUGUCGAGUUACCGUCAAUAUUAAUGGAACAUUUUGUCUCAUCACCUCAAGUUCUCGCAACAUUCGCAAAUCACUAUCAGACUCGAGAUCCAAUACCCUUUAAUUUAAUCAAAUCUCACAAAAAAGCACAUUCAACAUUUGCUGCAAUCGACAUACAACUUCAAAUAGUAAUGGCUUUAUUAGAUCAACUUUAUCAUUCAUCACUCGCGACAACCUCGUCUUUUGACACGACAGCAAUUCUAGCUAAUCUACAAGACACGGUCGGACUAUUUCCGUCUGUGCCAAAGACCGCCUGGCAAAUACAAUUCGCGCAUUUAUUUGGAUACGGAGCAGGUUAUUAUAGUUAUUUGUUUGGACAAGUGCUGGCAGGAAAAUUAUGGAAAGAAAUUUUCGAAAAAGAUCCACUAAGUAGAGAAGCUGGGGAAAAGUUUCGUCGAGACGUUUUGCAGUGGGGUGGGUCACGGGAUCCGUGGUUAUGUGUUGGAAACGCGCUCAAUGACGAAAGAAUUAUUGCAGGAGAUAAUAAGUCGAUGCUUAUUGUUGGAGAAUGGGUCGAUUCUCUUUGA